AUGGAAGAAGUUAAAAAUAUUGAUCCAGCUGUUGGAUUCGACCCUUCUUAUUUAAGACCUCCUGCAGAUUAUGUCAACAUCAAGCACGAAGAUAAAUAUAUUCUCCAUGGUGAAGGAAAGAAGGCAGGUAGAAAAAUUUAUCAUAAUACUCAAUUCUCUGCUUUUGAGUAGUAAGGUAUUGCUCAAUUCAAGUAGGUAUUAGAAAAAGACUAAGAAAUCAAACUUCCAAGCGAUUGGACUGAUGUUGAUAACUUAAAGAUGUGCUACAGUGCCAGAUUCGAUAUGUAAAAAUGCAUUAAGCAAACAAAAGAACACAUUGCCUGGAGAAACGAUGUUGAUAUGCACACAAUUGACGAAGAAUCUAAGAAGUUAUUAGAAAGUGGCUUCGUUUAUCUCCUUGGUAGAGAUAAAUAAUACCGUCCUGUUGUUGUUCUUGACUGUACUAAAAUUAAUGUUAAAAAGCAAGGUGAAAAGAAUGUUAUGAGAGCUCUCUGCGUUUUAUAAGACAUGAUUAAAAAGUAUAUGUUCGUCAAUUACCAUAUUGAAAAUUGGGUUUUCAUUAUUGAUACUGGUGGUAUGGGUCUUUUCGAUCUCCCCAUUAAUGCUUUGAAAAUGAUUAUAGGUGCUAUGUCUAUUAAUUAUUGUGCAUGUAUGGAUAAGGUUUUCAUUCUCAAUCCUAGUUUUGGUUUAAAUGCUUCUUGGAGUGUUGUCAGUGCUAUGAUGGAUCAUGAAAGUGCCGAAAAAAUUACAAUGCUUAAAAAAGAUAAAUAUCCUAAAAUACUUGAAAAGAUUCCUGCUGAAAUGUUAGAAUAAAAGUUUGGUGGUAAAGUCCCUAAUGUAACUUAAUUUUGGCCACCUGUCGAUAUCUACCACUGA